AAAAAAAAAAAAAAGUAGUAUUACAAUAUGCAUAUGUAAUGAUACGGAGUAAUACAUAAUAAUACCAAAAAAAUUAAUACUCCGAAUUGAAUCAUAGCAUAGGGGAGGCAAAACUUCGCGGUCUUUAUAUACCCCUGUUUUCACCAAUUUCCAACUUACUCUCAUUUUCCAAAUUCAAAUUUUCGAACCAUCAAACCGAAAAUCCUUUUUCCCUCUCAUUCUCUCUCUACUGCGCAAGUUUCUCUCUACAAGCUCAAUACUCCGGCGAAAAUGGUUGUCGCCCAAAAGGUGAAGGAAGCUGAAAUAACUGAGCAAGAAUCUCUUCUACUGACUAGGAAUUUGCUUCGGAUUGCAAUAUUCAACAUCAGUUACAUAAGAGGCCUAUUUCCAGAGAAAUAUUUCAAUGACAAGAAUGUUCCUGCUCUAGAGAUGAAGAUAAAGAAGCUGAUGCCAAUGGAUCCUGAGUCCCGCAGACUGAUUGAUUGGAUGGAGAAAGGCGUUUAUGAUGCAUUGCAGAAUAAGUACCUAAGGACUCUAUUGUUCAGCAUAUGUGAGGCUAUAGACGGUCCAGUAAUCGAAGAAUAUGCAUUUUCGUUUAGCUACCCAAAUGCUCAAAGCCAAGAAGUCUGCAUGAAUUUUAAUCGCACUGGAAACAAAAAGCAGGGAGGAUCUUUCAAGUGCAACUCAACUGAUGAAGUUACUCCAAAUCAAAUGAAGAGUUCAGCUUGCAAAAUGAUUCGCACUCUGGUUCAACUUAUGAGAACACUUGACAAAAUGCCUGAAGAGCGCACAAUCUUGAUGAAGCUCCUCUAUUUUGAUGAUGUGACGCCAGCAGAUUAUGAACCACCAUUCUUCAGAGGCUGCACAGAUGAGGAUGCUCGGAACUUGUGGAAUAGAAAUCCCUUGAGAAUGGAGGUUGGGAAUGUGAAUAGCAAGCAUUUUAUAUUGGCUCUGAAGGUCAAAAGUGUGUUAGAUCCUUGUGAAGAUGACAAUGAUGAUAAUAAUGAUGAAAGUGUGAGUUUGGGAAAUGAUUCUGUUCAUAGAGAUGAUACUUCAGAAUCUGGCAGUGAGGUCAGCUCCUCACAAGAAGAUCAGUAUGUCAUCCAACCAGUGGACAAGCAGCAACCUUAUCAAGAAGACACCAUGGCUUCUCAAGGAAGUGAUUUCACACAGGAUCCAGCAGAAGAUGAACAACAAUCAAACCGAGUCAAGGACUGGAUCAUCUCUAACAGUUUUGAUUCUGUGGAAUUCACUGAUGUGCUUGCAAAUUUCCCUGACAUCUCUGUGGUGCUGAUUGAAGAGAUCAUAGACAAGCUUGUUCUCGAAGGUGUUUUAGCUAAAUCCGGAAAAGAUACAUAUUCUGUCAACAAACGAAAGGAAUCUGAGUAUGAAUUUGAUGUCAAAAAAGAAAUAGAUGAUCAAGUUCCAGUUAAUGAAGAGAAAUCUGCCCCUGCUUCUGGAGAAGAUUUCUUGUAUAUGAAGGCCUUAUACCAUGCUCUUCCAAUGGAUUAUGUCACGAUCAGCAAGCUUCAAAGCAAACUUGAUGGUGAUGCCAACCAAACUACUGUGAGAAAACUGAUUGACAAAAUGGCCCGAGAAGGAUAUGUUGAAGCUACAAGCAACCGCAGGCUAGGCAAGCGUGUCAUCCAUUCAGAUGCAGCUGAUAUGAAGCUACGUGAAGUCAGAAAGACGUUGGAUUUUGAAGCUAUGGAUGUUGAUGUUACUGCACAACAAAGCAAAUUGAACCAUGCAGAACUUGAGAAAACUGGAAUCAAAAAGCCUGAUGUGUCAACUUGUGGCGUCCUUCACUCCAUUGGAUCUGAUAUCACACGCAUGCGAAUCAGAUCUGAACCUGAUAUGCAUCAAAAUGGUUCGCUUUGGAGUGAUCAGUCUAUUUCAAAAGCAAGGGAGGGUCCAUAUACCCCCACAAGCAAGACUGGGCCAGCAGCUUCAAGAGAGAGUACCAUACCUGGGAGUGGUAAAUCCAAAUUGAAUGGGCAAACAAGAAACAGCAAUGAGACUGAUGACGUAAUGUGCAGCAGACCAUCACAAGACAAGCGUACUAGGAAGGCAAGCACGGUCAAAGAACCAAUCAUUCAAUACUAUAAGCGCCAGAGAUCAUCUCAAGCUGUUUAGAAGAUGAGACUCGACUAUUACCAGAGAGUUUGGGAGCAACCAACUUGUUGUCCCAGCAAAAAAGCAGUAGGCAUGGAAUGACUUCGACGGGUCUGAUGGCUGACCGUUGGCAGGAACUAGCAAUGCAGUACGAGGAUACAACUUUUUUGACUGCAGAAAACGCGCUAAUAUUUGCUUAAGUUUAAUUCAAUCAAAUGUUGUAUAUAUGCUUAACAGGUUUCUUUUGUUCGGACAAACUGAGUGUUCUUAUAGUUGGACUCCUUAAGUCCUUUCCUCCAAAGACUUGUGCAGUGAUGUUGCAUUACAGUUUUACGGAGUAUAAAUUAACGACUGAAUUCUAAUAUUACCUACCAAACAUUAGUUUAAUGAAAGUUUCCUCUGUUUGUUGAGCAUGAAAUUAAAGCAAUCGAAUCGUGAUGA